GGGGCUGGGCUCCGCGCCUCCCCGUACGCCCUGGGACCCCUCCCCGAGGCGGGGCGCAGGGCGGUGCUGCCGGGGAGCCCUGCGCUCUCUCGUCUUUCCCCUGCCCCGGGCAGGGCUGGUAUCGGUCGGUGGCUCCUUGCGCGGCCGCUCCGGGGCUGCUCUUGCCUCUCUCCCCAGAGGUGCUCGGGUGGUUUCGGAGCCUUCUCCGGGCCGGGCCGCCUGAACCUCAGUGGCCGGUUCUCUCCCUCCGUCCAGGAUGACGGUGAAACUGGACUUCGAGGAGUGUCUCAAGGACUCUCCCCGGUUCAGGGCUGCCAUCGAGGGGGUGGAAUCUGAUGUCUUUGAGCUGGAGACUCGUCUGGAGAAGCUGCUGAAGCUCUGUGGGGCCAUGCUGGACUCGGGGCGUCAGUACUGCAUGGCCAGCAAGGCCUUCGUCGGUGGGGUGCGUGAGCUGUCCCAGCACACCCAGGGGGACACCAUGAUGAGUGAGUGCCUGGAAAAAUUCUCCGUCAGCCUCAACCAAAUGCUUGACAACCAAGUGGAGCUUCUGGACAGCACCCAGCAGUCGUCCCGGCAUCACAUCUAUAUCCUGGUGAAAGAGGACAUGAAGCGGUUCAAGGAGGCCCGGAAGGAGUUCGAGCGGGGCAGCGAGGGGCUGGCCAGCGCCCUGCACCACAACGCCGAGGUGCCGCGCCGGAAGCAGCACGAGGUGGAGGAGGCUGUCCAGGCUCUGCAAAGCGCCCGCACCAGCGCCCGCCACCGCGCCCUGGACUACGUGCUCCAGAUCAACAUGAUCCAGUUCAAGAAGAAGUUUGAGAUCCUGCAAUUUAUGACGGAACUCAUGGACGCCCAGGCCUGCUGCCUGGAGCAGGGGCACCGGCUGGCCCAGCAGCUGGAGAAAUACCGCAAGGAGCUGGGUGACCAGCUGCACCAGCUGGUCCUGGAAUCGGCGCGGGAGAAGAGGGACAUGGAGCAGAGACACAUCAUGAUCAAACAGACGGACCUGUCCCAGGACGAGGCGGUGCUGGAGGGGCGCAGGGAGGCGCCGGACGGGGUGGUGAUGGAGGGGUACCUCUACAAGCGAGCCAGUAACGCCUUCAAGACGUGGAGCAGGCGCUGGUUCUCCAUCCAGAGCAAUCAGCUGGUCUAUCAGAAACGGGCCAAGGACCCGCUGACGGUGGUGGUGGAGGACCUGCGGCUCUGCACCGUCAAGCCCUGCCCCGACCAUGAGCGGCGCUUCUGCUUUGAAGUCGUGUCCCCCUCCAAGAGCUGCCUGCUGCAGGCCGACUCAGAGAGACACCAGCAGGCCUGGCUGACAGCCGUGCAGAACAGCAUCGCCUCAGCCUUCAGCGAGGGGCAGGCCGAGCCCCCCGGCCAGCACCCGGAGCGCCCCGCCUCGCUGGGGGGGGGCACCAUGGAGGCGUCGGGCCGGAGCCUGCGGGCGGGCGGGGACAAGCGGGUGCUGGACCAGGUGCAGCGGCUGGAGGGGAACGCGCAGUGCUGCGACUGCCGGGAGCCCGCGCCCGAGUGGGCCAGCAUCAACCUGGGCAUCACCCUGUGCAUCGAGUGCUCCGGCAUCCACCGGAGCCUGGGGGUCCAUUUCUCCAAGGUUCGCUCCCUGACGCUCGACUCCUGGGAGCCGGAGCUCGUCAAGCUGAUGUGCGAGCUGGGGAACGGAGCCCUGAACCGCAUCUACGAGGCGCGUGUGGACGAGAUGACGGUCAAGAGACCCCAGCCCGGCUGCUCCCGGGCGGAGAAGGAGAGCUGGAUCCGGGCCAAAUACGUGGAGAAGAAAUUCAUCACCAAGUUGCCGGAGGCACGGCUGAGCCGGGGGGGGCGCCGGGGACCCCUCGACCGGGACCGGCCCCCCAGGCCCCCCCUCAAACCCCAAGCGGGCAGCAUUGGCCGGGCGGCAGCUCCAGAGCCAGGAGAGGCCGGCUCCCCCCCCGAAGACCUGCGCAGUCUCCACCCGGGGGCGCUGCUCUUCUGCGCCGCCGGCCACCAGAACCUGCCCACCAUGGCCGACGCCCUGGCCCACGGCGCCGACGUCAACUGGGUCAACGCCGCCGAGGACAGCCGGACCCCGCUGCUGCAGGCCGUGGCCGCGAACUCCCUGCUGGCCUGCGAGUUCCUGCUGCAGAACGGAGCCAACGUCAACCAGGCCGACAGCGCCGGGCGGGGGCCCCUGCACCACGCCACCAUCCUGGGCCACACCGGGCUGGCCUGCCUGUUCCUCAAGCGGGGGGCCAAUCUGAAUGCGGUGGACGUGGAGGGGAAGGAACCGCUCUCCAUCGCCAUAGACACGGCCAACGCUGACAUCGUCACCCUGCUGCGGCUGGCCAAGAUGCGGGAGGCAGAGGUCGCGCAGGGACAGUCAGGCGACGAGACCUACCUCGACAUCUUCCGGGACUUCUCCCUGAUGGCGUCCGACAACCCCGAGAAGUUGACCCGCCGUGACCUGAAACUCACCACCCUGUAGCCCCCGGGGGGGAGCACCGCCUAGCCACCAUUGCCUUUCGUGUGUCUGUGGGGGGGAAUCCCCUCCCCCACUCCUGGCUCCCCCCCAUCCCUGGCUGGGCGGGGCAGCAAUGCAGCAGGGACGCCCCCCCCAGGCUGCCUUGUUAAUUAUCCCCCCUCAUUGUUCUGCUGCUUUGAUGUGACUCUUGGGAAAGAGAUAAUAGGGGUGGGGCCGAUCUGCUGUUGUCCCCACUCGUGCCCCUGGCCUGAUCUUUUGGUCCCCAGAUCGUCCCCUCAUUAUAAGGCAGGGGCUUAUCCAUCCCCCACCUCCAUUAUGGGGAGGGGCUUCUCCCUGGCCCCCCUUCUGUCCCCCAGAUCCCCCCCCAUUUAUGGGGCAGGGGCUAAUCCCAUAUCCCCACCUGUCCUAUUUAUUGUUUCUAUGGGACCACUCUCCCUGUUUGUUGUUUUAAACCUCCCCGCCCAUGUACACACACAUGGCCCCCUCCUCCGGAUGAGAUGUCUUUCUUCUGAGUGGGGGUCCCCCGUCUUUGAAUGGAGGGGAAGGAGGAGCCCCCUUUCCCCCUCCCCUCCCACUGUGGGCGCAGCGGGAGAUCCGGGCAUCUGUACAAAGGUGGCAUGCAAUAAACAGACCAGGCUGGAAUAUCAA